AUGGCGAAGGACAAGAGCCGCAGCACGGAGCUUGUCUCCCGGGAGUACACCAUCAACCUGGGCAAGAAGCUGCACGACAUCUCCUUCAAGAAGAGGGCGCCGCGCGCACUCAAGGAGAUCAAGAAGUUCGCCUCCAAGCAGAUGAACACCUCUGAUGUGCGGAUUGACAUCAAGCUGAACAAGGCUGUGUGGAGCCAGGGCAUCAAGAACGUGCCACGGCGCCUGCGCAUCGUCGUGCAGCGAAAGCGCAACGAGGACGAUGAUGACAAGGAGCAGCUGUACUCUUUUGUCACCCUGGCCGACGACCAGAACACCAAGGGCAAGGGCACCGUCCUCCUGGAUGCCUGA